CCUCCCCCUUGACCUUUCAACCCUGCAAUGGCGCCGUUGGUUUGAAAUGAACAAAAACAGGAACGCUUUUUUAAAAUGUCCGUAUUAAAAAGUAUUAAUGGAUAAAUCCGUUUCCACGCGUGUGUUUAUGUCGUGAGUGAAGCUGCCACCUCACAGCCUUCACAAGUCGUCCUCGAAGGCAACGGCAGGAAAAGGAAAAAAAAAAAGGAAAAGAUUUGACAACAUGGCGCACUUUGGUUGAGAGAACUUUCUCCUGAGCAACACUUACUCUCUCUUCACUUGGUGGACUUUCACUGCUGCGUGGGCUUUUUCUCUCUCCUCUCCACGGGACCUUUCAACGGAACGUUGUUUUUAAAUAAACACCGAGGAGGAGUGUGAUGGGAUGAGAAGAGCGCAGCGGCGAAGGCAGGAUGGAGAAACAAGCGACACGGAAAGAAAAGGCCUCAACCUCCGGCCGUUGGGCUGCGAGCCGACCUGCCCGCUGUGUUUCAGGAGACAACGAGACCAGGUCUGGUCUCAGCAAAGCGGAGUUCAUGGAGAAAGUACAGCGGAGCAACGAGGCGUGUCAGCAGGGGGACUACAAGAAAGCCGUUGAGUUGUACAGCGAUGCCUUAAAAGAGGACCCACAGAACUGUAUCCUGUACAGUAACCGGUCUGCUGCGCUCCUCAAGCUGGGCCAACACCAGGCUGCACUGGAUGACGCCGAAAAAGCUUGCGGAGUUAAUCCUAAAUGGCCAAAGGCAUACUUCCGACAGGGUGUUGCCCUUCAGUACCUCGGUCGCCAUGCCGACGCACUGGCUGCCUUCGCCUCCGGCCUGGCCCAAGACCCCAAGAGCCUGCAGCUACUGGUGGGCAUGGUAGAAGCUGCCAUGAAAUCUCCUCUACGGGAGUCUCUAGAACCCACCUAUCAACAGCUACAAAAGAUGAAGCUGGACAAGAGUCCUUUUGUGGUGGUGUCUGUGAUUGGCCAGGAGCUGCUGACAGCGGGCCACCACACAGCCUCCGUUGUAGUUCUGGAAGCAGCUUUGAAGAUCGGCACGUGCAGCCUCAAGUUACGUGGCUCUGUCUUCUCGGCUCUCAGCAGCGCCCAGUGGUCCCUGGGCAACACCGAGAAGAGCACUGGCUACAUGCAGCAAGACCUGGAGGUGGCCAAAACCUUAGGUGACCAAACAGGGGAAUGCCGUGCUCAUGGGAAUUUAGGCUCGGCAUUCUUCUCCAAGGGAAACUAUCGUGAAGCUCUGACCAACCAUCGCAACCAGCUUGUUCUUGCCAUGAAGCUAAAGGACAGAGAGGCUGCUUCGAUGGCCCUCAGCAGCUUGGGCCAUGUAUAUACAGCCAUAGGGGACUACCCUAACGCACUGGCCAGCCACAAACAAUGCGUUCUUCUGGCCAAACAGUCAAAGGAUCAGCUCUCUGAGGCUCGGGAGCUGGGGAACAUGGGCGCCGUCUACAUCGCUAUGGGAGACUUUGACAACGCCGUCCAAUGCCACGAGCAGCAUCUGGGCAUCGCCAAGACCCUGGAAAAUAAACGCGAGGAAGCUCGAGCCUACAGUAACCUGGGCAGCGCCUACCACUAUCACCGGAACUUUGACAAGGCCAUGUCCUACCACACGCACGUGUUGGAGCUUGCCCAGGAGCUGGAAGAGAAGUCCAUCGAGAUGCGAGCGUACGCCGGCCUGGGUCACGCCGCCCGCUGCAUGCAGGACCUGGAGAGGGCGAAGCAGUAUCACGAACAGCAGCUGUCCAUAGCUGAGGGUUUGAAGGACAGAGCAGCGGAGGGAAGGGCCUCCUCCAAUCUAGGUAUUAUUCAUCAGAUGAAAGGAGACUAUGAGACAGCACUUAAACUCCACAAAACACACCUGGCCAUUGCACAAGAGCUCAGUGACUAUGCUGCACAGGGCCGGGCCUAUGGCAACAUGGGCAAUGCUUACAAUGCCCUCGGAGCCUUUGACCAGGCUGUUCGCUACCACCGCCAGGAACUGCAGAUCUCCAUGGAGGUCAACGACCGGGCCUCGCAAGCAUCAACUCAUGGCAAUUUAGCUGUGGCGUACCAAGCCUUGGGAGCCCACGAUCGGGCUUUGCAGCAUUACCAGAACCAUCUCAACAUUGCUCGCGAGCUCAGAGACGUCCAGAGUGAAGCACGGGCUCUUGGUAACCUUGGCAACUUCCACUGCUCGCGUGGAGAAUUCCCUCAGGCUGUGCCCUACUAUGAGCAGUACCUCCGCUUGUCCCCUGACCUCCAAGACAUGGAAAGUGAAGGGAAAGUUUGUCAUAAUUUAGGCUACGCCCACUACUGCUUGGGCAACUACCAGGACGCCGUUAAAUACUACGAACAGGACCUCGCUCUGGCCAAGGACCUUCAUGACAAACUGAGUCAAGCCAAGGCGUACUGUAAUCUGGGCUUGGCCUUCAAGGCCCUGGGAGACUUUGCCAAAGCAGAGGAGUGUCAGAAAUAUCUGCUGUCACUUGCCCAGUCUCUAAACAAUUCGCAGGCUCGCUUCAGAGCUCUUGGGAACCUGGGGGACAUAUUUGUCUGCAAGAAAGACGUGUCUGGAGCCAUUCAGUUUUAUGAGCAGCAGUUGGCCUUAGCUCAUCAGGUGAAGGAGCGCAGGAUGGAGGCCUGCGCCUAUGCGGCCCUGGGGGCCACUUACAGACUUGUGCAUAAAUACGACAAAGCUCUUGGCUACCACACUCAAGAGCUGGAGGUCUACCAAGAGCUCGGGGACGUGUCUGGAGAGUGCAAAGCUCACGGUCACUUGGCAGCAGUCUACAUGGCCUUGGGAAAGUACGCCAUGGCCUUCAAGAGCUACGAGGAGCAGUUGGAACUUGGACAGCGGCUGAAGGAUCCCGUUGUGGAAGCGCAGGUGUACGGAAAUAUGGGCAUCACAAAAAUGAAUGUAGGAGUGAUGGAGGAAGCUAUCGGGUACCUGGAGCAACAGCUCGCUACUUUGCAGCAGCUGAGUGGUAAUGAGGCAGUAAUGGACAGGGGCAGGGCCUACGGGAACCUAGGGGACUGUUACGAGGCUCUUGGUGACUUUGAGGAAGCAAUCAAAUACUACGAACAGUACUUGUCAGUCGCUCAGAGUCUCAACCGUAUGCAGGAUCAGGAGAAGGCGUACAGAGGCUUGGGAAAUGGACACAGAGCAAUGGGAAACCUACAACAGUCGCUGGUGUGCUUUGAGAAGAGGCUGGUGGUGGCUCAUGAACUGGGCCAGUGUGGGGGCAAGGCUCAGGCCUACGGUGAACUGGGUGCACUCCACAGUCAGUUGGGCAACUACGAACAGGCCAUCUCUUGUCUGGAACGUCAACUGGCAAUUGCCCGCGACAACCAGGAUCGACUACUGGAGGGCGAUGCCAGUUGCGGGUUAGGGGCUGUGUACCAAGCCAUGGGAGAAUAUGAGACCGCGCUGAGAUGCCACCAGAGUGACCUAGAGAUCGCAGAGGAAACCAGGAGCCCCGCACGCCAGGCUCGCGCCUACGGGAAUUUGGGCCUUACUUAUGAGUCACUGGGAAACUACGAACGGGCCGUUGUCUUCCAAGAGCAGCACCUUAGUGUGGCGGCUCAGACUAAUGACUUGGCUGCCAAAACGCUUGCCUAUGGCAGCCUGGGGAGAACACACCACGCACUGCAGAACUAUUCCCAAGCUGUCAUGUACCUGCAAGAAGGCCUGCGGCUUGCAGAGCAGUUGGCUCGGCGUGAGGAGGAGGCGAAGAUCCGCCAUCGUCUGGGGCUGUCUCUUUGGGCCAGCGGGAAUCUGGAAGAGGCCCAACAUCAGCUUUAUCGGGCAUCUGCACUGUUCGAGACCAUCAGACACGAAGCUCAGCACAGCACAGACUAUAAGCUUUCCCUGUUUGACCUGCAAACAUCCUGCUACCAGGCUCUCCAGAGGGUCCUUGUGAGCUUAGGCCACCACGAUGAGGCUCUGGCGGUGGCAGAAAGAGGACGAACGCGAGCUUUCGCGGACCUCUUGGUUGAGAGGCAAACGGGCCAGCAGGAAUCAGACCCUUACACCCCAGUAACUGUGGAGCACAUUCUGGACAACAUCAACAGCCAAAGAGCUUUGGUUCUUUAUUUUUCCAUGGCUGCUGGUUAUCUGUACAGCUGGCUGCUAGCACCAGGAGCAGGCAUCCUGAAGUUCCACGAGGUGUACUUGGGUGAGGGCAUAUCAGACCUGGGUUCAGACUUCCAGGAAGCGGGUAGCAGCAGUAGUGGUGGUGUGGUCAGCGGCUCAUCACUGGAGCAGCACAUAGCCAGUGCCCGCGAGGCCCUGGGAGUUGAGUCCUAUUACAGCAGAGGGUGUUCAAGCAGCGAGACGGAGAGCGAGGCGGGAGAUUUGUUGGACCAACAAUUUGAGGAGAUAAACAACAAGCUUAACUCCGUCACUGAUCCCACGGGCUUCUUGCGCAUGGUGUCCAGAAACAACCUUUUCAACAGGAGCUGCCAGAGCAUGACCAGCCUGUUCAGUAACACCGUGUCUCCUGCAAAAGACGGUUGUUCCUCCCUGUCUCGUCGCUCCAGCAACCUCGGAAAGCCUCCGCUCCGAGCACUUUACGAUUUGCUCAUUGCACCUAUGGAGGGGGGUUUGAUGCACUCCAGUGGGCCUGUGGGCAGACACAGACAACUUGUCAUGGUGCUGGAGGGAGAACUUUACCUGAUCCCCUUCGCUCUGCUUAAAGGAAGCUCAUCGAAUGAGUACUUAUAUGAGCGUUUUAGCCUCAUUGCUGUGCCCUCAAUCCAGGGCCUUGGGUCCUGUGCAAAGGUUCACUCCCGGCGUCCUGGUCCAGCGCCUUGCGGUGGUGUGUCAAUGGCAGCAGUGGUGGGGAACCCGAGGCUGCCCUCACCUGUGAUGGACCGCUGGCUGUGGGGGCCCAUGCCCUCCGCAGAAGAGGAGGCUCUCAUGGUAGCCGAGCUACUGGGAUGCCAACCUCUUGCUGGCCCUGCGGCCACCAAAGAAAGGGUCAUGAGUGCCCUCACACAAGCGGAGUGUGCCCACUUUGCUACUCACAUUUCCUGGAAACUCGCAGCUCUGGUGCUAACCCCGAACCCCGAGAGCGUGCCUAGUGCAGCGAGUGCAAAUGUGGGAGGGGGCACCAUCGGCAGAGGUGCCAGGGGAAGGAGAGGAAGUAGCGGACGUGGCAGGAAAGGAUCUAUCGGGAGCAGCUACACCAAUCCGGAGUCUCUCCACAUGCAGGAGGACAGCAGCGAUGUGGAGAGUAUCUGUGAUAGUCCACCUUUACAGGAGUUUCUGCUGACAGCUGCAGAUAUAUUGGACCUGAGGUUACCUGUCAAGCUGGUUGUGCUUGGUUCCUACCUGGAGUCCAGCAGCAAGGUGACAGCAGACGGUGUUGUGGGCUUGACCCGCUCCUUCCUGGCUGCGGGAGCUCAGUGUGUUCUUGUGUCCUUGUGGCCCGUCCCUGUGGCAGCUUCCAAGGUUUUUGUCCAUGCCUUCUACACUGCCCUUCUGAAUGGGACCAAGGCUAGUGCCGCGCUGGCCGAUGCCAUGAAAACUGUACAGAGCAGCAAGCAGUACUCGCACCCCUCCAACUGGGCAGGUUACAUGCUGAUUGGCAGUGAUGUGAAACUGAACAGCCCCUCCUCUUUGAUCGGGCAAGCUUUAGCGGAGAUCCUGCAGUAUCCUGAACGUGCACGGGAUGCCCUGCGAGUUUUACUCCACCUGGUGGAGAAGUCUCUUCAGAGGAUCCAGAAUGGUCAGCGUAAUUCCAUGUACACGUCGCAGCAAAGUGUGGAAAAUAAAGUGGGCGGAGUCCCUGGGUGGCAGGCCCUGUUGACGGCCGUGGGCUUCCGCCUCGACUCUGCAGGCACCGGAAUCCCUGCUGCAGUUUUCUUUCCCACUGCCGACCCAGGAGACAGGCUCCAACAGUGCAGUACCACUUUACAAUCACUUCUGGGUCUGCCACCACAAGCCCUCCAGGCUUUGUGUAAACUCAUCACAGCUUCGGAGGCAGGGGAGCAGCUCAUCAAUCGGGCUGUUAAAAAUAUGGUGGCAAUGCUCCACCAGGUGCUAGUGCAGCUUCAGACUGGCGAAAAGGAGCAGGACUUUUCUCUCCUGCCCAUUCAGGUGUCGAUUAGCGUGCAACUCUGGAGGUUGCCAGGAUGCCAUGAAUUCCUGGCUGCACUCGGUUUCGACUUGUGCGAGGUGGGCCAAGAAGAAGUGGUGCUAAAAACGGGCAAGCUCGCCAACCGCCGCACAUUGCACUUUGCUCUGCAGUCUCUGCUGGCACUUUUUGACUCCACAGAGCUGCCUAAGCGUCUGAGCCUAGACAGCUCAUCCUCCCUUGAGUCUUUGGCUUCAGCACAGUCUGUUUCCAACCCCUUACCAACGGGAUAUUCGAGCCUUCCCUUCUCUCCUCAUUGCCUGGACAAUCAGGCAUCAGACGCCAUCUCCGUCUACAGCCUCAGCUCCGUGGCCUCGUCCAUGAGCUUUGCUUCCAAGUCCGACUGCGACUUUCUCAGUCAUCGACACCGCAGCGGUGCCGCAGCGCACUACGCGGCUCACAAGCACCCUCACGUUCCCCGUAGCCGCUCCUCUCCUCAUGGAGCAGCGGCUGCUAUUUCCGCAGCCCGAGGGGAGGAGGAGGAAUAUGAGGGCUUCUCUAUUAUCAGUAGUGAACCACUCGGAAGCCACUGUGACUCUUUACCCCUGCCGCCAGGCCACAACCAGCGACAACACCGAGGAGGCCGAGGGUUUGUUGCCGGGUCUAGCACCGGGGCUGGGAGAGGUUACACGGUAUCGGUUUCAUCAAGAGGCAGCGUCAGCACCCCCACUUCCCCGGUCAAAACCUGCCUCGUUCCCAGCCCGAACUCACCGUUCCAAAAGGUGGGUAAGGUGAGCAGCUCUGACACAGGCGAAUCCGACCAGUCCAGUACCGAGACCGACAGUACUGUGAAGUCUCAAGAGGAAAAAAGUGCUCCUCUUGAUCCUCAGGAGUUGGCCCAGAAGAUUCUAGAGGAGACUCACAGCCAUCUACGGGCUGUAGGCAGUCUCCAACGAGCCAGGCCAGAAGGUGGAACUGCAGGAGAAAGUUCCCCACAGAGUAGCGCCUUCCGUUCCUCGGAAACGAGUGCUUUUAGCCGUCCUAACAGCAGCGCCAGCGGCAGAGCUCAGUCUUCCCCAAGACCCAAACCUCCCUCCCGGUCAUCUUCGCUGCAGAAAAUAAGCUCCGGCUACAAUAGUCCUGCUGUCUCGGAGUCUUCCCAAAAGGAUGGCAGCCAUCCGUCCCCUACUUCAGACAGUCAUGCCCUGUUCAAAUUGAAGUACCCGAGUUCCCCGUACAGUGGUCACAUAUCUCGUUCCCCAAGUAAUGUCUCUCCCAGUUCUGGUCACCAAUCUCCGGUUGGUAGUGCUCCAUCCCCCGCCCUGUCCUAUUCGUCCACAGGCUCUGCCACAUCGGCCGACACCCCAGACCUUGACCGAUUAAGAAGAGGAGUCAUUGAUGAAAAAGUCCAAGCCAUCCAUAACCUGAAGACCUUUUGGGCCAAUGCUACGGUCCAGCAACAGCAUAUGGGCCCCAUCAGAGGUGUUCACAGCUCUGCGAGUCCUCUGGCAUCUGCCAGUAGGGAUGUACUGAGCCUUCUAAACCUCUCUCCACGACGUUGCUCCCCUAAUGAUACCCAAGACAGCCUGGAGCUGCGGGAGCUGGGACUACAGUCAGUGGAGAGAGCGAGCAAGAACUCUAAUGGGCAUCAUUGCUCCAGUCCCAAGAAAGGGGCUCCAUCACCGACCAUUUCUACAAGCAGCAGUCCCGGUGCUCGUUCCAUCCGACUGCCUGCUGGGAACGCAUACAAAUUCCUGUCGCCUGGAAGAUUUUUCCCUUCUUCGAAAUGCUGAGACAUCCGAUGAAGCUGAAGAAGUAGGUCGCUUUUCAAGGCCCUGAUUGGCCAGCCAAGCUUUACAGACAGUGGGAACAAUCGGUGAUUGGUCAGUGUGAUUCACAUGCCUGCAGUUUUGUCUGUGCCCAAAAUUGUGUAAAUGGCAAAGAGAAAUACUCAACGACCUGAUACUGUGUUUGUGUGUAACUGUGUGUCAGGUAAAUGUAAAUGCCAUUUGGUCCUUCACCCCCAAAACAUUACUGUUUGUGCGGGCCAAGAUGCAACACUUAUGACUGACUUCUUCCAUUUUACAUUUGGUUUUUAAAAGAAUAAUGGUUAUUAUUGGUUGUUAUUGUUAUUAAUAUUAAAAUUAUUAUUAUUAUGUUUGUAAAUUAAUGCCAGUGUUUCACAAUCAGUAUUAAGCGUUUUUUAUCUUAUUGAAAAGUGAACAAACAUGUACCGUGUAAAGAUGGGUAGAGUGGGGAAAAAAAAAGAUUUAAUAUUUUUUAUUGAAGUCAAAAGGGCAUUUUGCCUGAUUUCUUUGUGAAUUGAGUGUCUGCUCUGAAGCAUGGAUUCUCUUGCUAUUCAAUGUUAAUUAAGACGUAUGACUUUUUAGCCCAUGAUUUUUUGAGGUUAAGAUCAAGGUUUCAUGACAACCAUCUGUCAUUUAUCAGUAAACUGUUUCAAUAAA